AUGUGGAAAGCCGUAGCUUUGAUCACCCUCGCGGCCUUCGCGGCCGCCAAAGAAGAGGAUAAGAAGAUCGAUGGCACCACGUAUUCGUGCGUGGGCAUCUACAAGAAUGGACGAGUAGAGAUUAUUCCUAACGAUCAAGGCAAUCGUAUCACGCCCUCUUAUGUGGCCUUUACCGAUGACGAGCGUCUGAUCGGAGAGGCGGCGAAGAAUCAGGCCACCAUCAAUCCUACGCAGACCCUCUUCGACGUGAAGCGCCUGAUUGGCCGGCGCUUCAAGGACUCCACGGUGCAGAAGGACAUUAAGCUCCUUCCAUACAAGAUCGUGGACAAGAGCACCAAGCCCAUGAUCGCUGUGAAAGUGAAGGGCGAGGAGAAGGUCAUGGCUCCAGAGGAGGUGUCCUCCAUGGUGCUCACCAAGAUGAAGGAGACUGCCGAGAACUACUUGGGCAAGGAGGUCAAGCAUGCCGUCGUGACGGUGCCUGCCUAUUUCAACGAUGCCCAGAGACAGUCCACAAAGGAUGCAGGCACAAUUGCUGGCCUCAAUGUUCUUCGCAUCAUCAACGAGCCCACUGCAGCAGCCAUCGCAUACGGUCUGGACAAGAAGACGGAGAAGAACAUCCUUGUGUACGACCUUGGCGGUGGAACCUUUGAUGUCUCCCUCCUCACCAUUGACAACGGCGUCUUUGAGGUGGUGGCCACCAACGGCGACACCCACUUGGGCGGAGAAGACUUCGACCAGCGUGUGAUGCAGCACUUCAUGAAGAUCUUCGAAAAGAAGCAUGGCAAGGACAUGUCGAAGGACAAGCGUUCUAUCCAGAAGCUGCGCAGGGAGGUGGAGAAGACCAAGCGAGCCCUUAGCUCCACUCACCAGGCACGCCUGGAGAUCGAGGCCCUCUACGAUGGUGUCGACUUCUCUGAGACGCUGACCCGCGCUCGCUUUGAGGAGCUGAACGCCGACCUGUUCAAGAACACCCUUGGCCCUGUGAAGCAGGUGUUGGACGACUCGGGCCUGAAGAAGAACCAAGUCGACGAGAUCGUGUUGGUGGGCGGUUCUACCCGAAUUCCCAAGGUGCAGCAGCUGAUCAAGGACUUCUUCAAUGGCAAGGAGCCCAACCGCGGCAUUAACCCCGACGAGGCCGUGGCGUACGGCGCUGCCGUGCAGGCUGGUAUUCUGAGCGGUGAGGGUGGCCAGGACUUGCUGCUUUUGGACGUGACUCCAUUGACCCUGGGUAUCGAGACCGUGGGCGGUGUCAUGACCAAACUGAUCUCUCGCAACACAGUGAUCCCGACAAAGAAGAGUCAGAUCUUCUCCACUUACCAGGACAACCAGCCUGCGGUGAACAUCCAGGUCUUCGAGGGCGAGCGACCCAUGACCAAGGACAACCACCUGCUGGGAAAGUUCGAGCUCGGUGGAAUCCCUCCUGCUCCUCGUGGACAGCCCCAAAUCGAGGUGACUUUCGAGAUCGACUCGAACGGCAUCCUCAAUGUGGGCGCAGAGGACAAGGGCACCGGCAAGAGCGAGAAGAUUACCAUCACAAACGACAAGGGCAGGCUGACCGAAGAGCAGAUCGAGAAGAUGAUUCGCGAAGCCGAGGAGUUCGCGGAUGAGGACAAGAAGGUCAAGGAGCGCGUGGACGCCAAGAACGCUUUCGACGGCUACAUACACUCUAUGCGAUCUGCCACAGAGGGCUCUGGAGACAACAAGGGCCUCAGUGAGAAGAUGGACUCCGAUGAGAAGGAGAAGAUCCUGGAUGCCCUGAAGGACGGCCAGUCUUGGCUGGACUCCAACCCUGAGGCAGAUGCCGAGGAGAUCAAGGAGAAGCACAAGGAGGUCGAGGGCAUUUGCGCGCCCAUCGUCUCCAAGUACUACGGCGGCGGUGGUGCCGGCGGUGCUGGCGGCGCAGAUGACGACGAGGAGGAGGCACACGACGAGCUGUAA